AUGCCCUCCGUGUCUGACAAGAUCAAUGAGAUCGGCUUCGGGCUGUAUCAGCUCCAUGUCCUCCUGCUUUGCGGAGGCGUGGUGGUGGUGGAGGCCGCCGGCAUGCAGACCGCCGCAGCGCUGAGCUCCGCCAUCAUGCAGGAGACGAUUCGAGCCACGCGCCCGCGAGCCCCGAGCGGCGCGUACGGCGCGUACGGAACGGUAUGCGCCAUGCGAGCGGCGCGCUCGGCCCUCGUGGCGUUGCCGAUCGCAGUCCUCGGCUUCGGUGUGUGGCGAUGGCGAUGGCUGGGGGAGCCGGGUGUCACGCGGCGUCUGGCUUCGGACACGGACCUGGACAUCUUCGAGGGUCUGUGCGCUGAGGCGGCCACAGAUCUCGGCGCCAACGUGUCGCGCCCCUUCAGCGCCUUUCUGCCCGAGAGGGUGCAGCAGACUUGUAGGGAGCAGAAGCCUCCAAAAGGCUCCUGGCUGCACGAAGGCCGGGACUGGUGCUGGGUGGCCACGAAGCGCCGCGCCUGCUACGGGCACCACACCUGGCGGGAGGCGCAGCAGGCCGCCUUCCAAGCGCGCGCCGCGCCCGCGACGGACGACACGACGCUGGAGGCCUUGCGGCGCCCGGAGCUCUGCGAUCAGCCCUCGCAUGGCGCCGUGCUGGCGCCCGCCGCGUCGGAGCAGGGGAAGGUCACCUUUCGCAUCCAGCGCCAGGAAGCGGAGUUCUGGUUCGACCGGACCGUGGCGGUCUAUGUCUUGAAUCUGGCCUCCGCGAGCACGCGCUGGGAGCGCAUGUCCUCGCGCUUGAAACAGCUGGGCAUCAAUGCCACCCGCGUGGACGGGGUGGACGUGUCGGAGGGGAUGGAGCAGGCGCGGAAGGAAGGCCUGGUGCCCUUUGACUGGAACUUCAGCUCGGCCAAGCAGAGGAUGGUGCGGCUCUUGCGGAACAGCUCUGAGGAGGCGGCGCGGCGGUACCUUGAGUCCUACGGCCUGGGCACCGUGGGCUGCGCGGCAGGGCACCUGCGCGCGCUGUGGACCGCCGCCGCCGGCGCCAGCGUCGAGAGGCGACAGCCGCUGGUGUUGAUCCUGGAGGACGACGUGUGGCUGGAGGACGACUUCCAGCUGCGGCUCCGGCGGCUGCUGAGAAGCGAGGCGCCUUGCGACUGGCAGGUCAUCUCCCUGCGGUCCCAGUGCCCCUACGGCGCCUGCGUGGCGCCGCAGCUGGCGAGGAUCCAGCCGGACGUGAACGAGCCGGAGGAGAUGUGCAGGCACGGGGUGAGCUACGGCUUCUACGCCAUGCUCUACCGAGCGUCCUCUUUGGUCCAAAUCGCCAACGCGCUGCACGGGGCCAUUUGGAACGCCUCGGCGCCCGGGUGCCUGGCCAACGACGUGGCACUGGCGGCGGUCUCCGACCGGAUCCGCUACUACGCGGUCCCUUCUUCUCAGGUCCCCGGAUUCGUGCAGCACGGGGACGGGCUGUCAGUGAGAAGCGAGCUGAAUCGGAAAGGAGAGGCGUGGCUGGACAUGGUGCUGCUGAAGAAGCGACAAAGCGAGCACAAGGUCAAGGGGGACCUGGCGCAAGAGGCCCAGAUGCUGGCGACCUAUCUGGGCUUCGCCCUGGGCACGCUGUCCUCAGGCUCGCUGGGCGACUGGGCUGGCCGGCGCCUGCCCAUACUGCUGGCCUACUGCGGCAUGACGGUUUCGGCGCUAGGCCUCUUCUUGACGCGCUCCUACCUGGCGCUCUGCUGCGGCUUCGGCUGCUUCGGCCUCUUCGCGGGGCUGGGCAUCCCCGCGGCCUUCAUCGCGGUGGCGGAGGUGUCCCCCAGCCGGCUGCGGGGCGUAUUGAACGCCACCAUGGCUUUGGCCUUCUGCAGCGGCGAGGUCUGGAGCGCUCUGGGCUUCCGCCUGCUGCUGCCGGACUUGGUGGGCAAGAGCUGGCAGAGCAUGCUCCUGUGGAUCACCAUCCCGCCGGUGCUUCUGCUGGUCUUCGCUUUCCUCAGCCCCGUGAGCCGCCACGACACCCCUUACUUCCUAGCGGCGCGAGGGCAGGAGGACCUGCGAGAGGGCAUGGAGCUUAUGGCCCGGAUGAACGGCAGAAGCGCCCGGGAGCCUGCGGUGGUUCAGGGCCUUUCGGACCUGGUGCCCCACCACGGCACGCAGGAGAAGGCCAUCACCAUCACCGAGGCUUUGAAGACUUUGACCAGCCGCGAGCACAUGCUCAGCGUGCUGGCGCUGUCUGUGAUGUUCUUCGUGAAGGAUCUCGCCUUUUACGGCAUGGGCGCCUUCUGGCCUUUGGCCUGGCGCCGGACCUCCAUCCUCGGGGAGGCCAAGGCCGCCACCGAGUUGUUGUGCACCGCCGCGUUGGGGCUGCCGGGGGUGGUGGUGGCCAUGCUGCUCACCUUCAGCCUGCCCAGGCGGGCGGCCUACUCCAUGGCCGCCACGAUCUGCGCUGCGGGGGUCUAUGCGGUGCACGGGAUACUGGACAAAGAAACGGCCAUCGGGGUGACUGGCGUGGUCUUGUACAAAGUCUUCUACCCCACCGCGCAGAUGACGACCUUCCUGCUCCCCUCAGAGGUCUUCAGUACCCAGAUCCGCGUCUGGAGCAUGUCCAUCAUCUCCUUCUGCGGGCGUAUGGCGCCCCUGGUGGUGCCGUUUGUGAUGCACAGCUCACAGCGGCUCUUCCUCUUUCUCACCAUGAGCUUCUUCCUGCUGGCCUCGCUGCUGGUGUUCCUUUUCCUCCCAGAGACCAAGGAUCAAGAGCUGCGAAGCAACGGGGUGCGUUUGGAGAAGUCCAAGGAAAAGGGAUACGGAGCAGCGGACUGA